UAGUUUGACAUCAGAUUUAGGUGGAAGUGGAUCGAAAAUAGAGCCAAUGAAUAGCUUUAUAUUAAUUUUUCCCAUUUUACUUUGGGAGAGUGCAAAUGGCCUGACUUUGCAGCAAGGAAUGUGUCCCAUAAUAAACCCCAUGAAACACUUAAAUAUGAACAAGUUCCUGGGCACUUGGUAUGUGCAAUCCUACUAUCCAUUCGAUGACGAAAUCCAGUUAGAGUGUCAGCACUUUAUCUAUCAACGCCAGUUCGGUCGUUACUAUGAGUUCGAGCUGCUGCUGGACAACAAAUUUUCGAAAAAAGUGAUGCACCGUUCGACUGUUAUACGAUACGUUCAAGAGACCGGCGCCAUCGAGGUGAAGCGACGCAACAGCUCCUAUGAUAAUCCUCCACAUAGAAAACCUAUUCCCACUCGACCAGAUCGCUUUGAAAUGUUUCCCCUGGCCGUGGAAUAUGACUCCUAUGCGGUCAUGGUCACCUGCAACAAGCACAAGCACGACAGCCAUUACUUUGGCGCUUGGAUAAUGACUAGACACUGUAAGCCGCCGGGUGCGCACAUCAUGGCUGCUCAGAAUGUACUCAUCAAGCACGAUAUUGAGGUCGUGGACAUGAUAGAUGCCAAGCAACACCAUUGUGAAAUAUACGCAUGGUGAUUUGUCACAGUCUUUGCAGAAGUUCAAUGGCUGCAAAGAGCUAUUUCAAUUCUUUUUAAAUUCGAAUAAAUGCUCAAAUGAGCAAUUGAGCUGGUA